UCCGAGCACGUGUUCAGCCAGAGGAAGUGGCACUCGGAUGGAAACCUUGACUUGUGGGAAAGGUACUCUGCUGCCUCAGCUUGACUUUUGCCUCAUAUGAUCCCAUAAUCAUGUGCUUUCACAGAGUAAACCGGACACUCUCUGUGUCAGGGAACAGGGUGUUAUAAAUCACGGUGGUUUGGCUGGGCUGAGGUUUUGUAUUUUAUUUUCUGGAUGAAGCUAAGAAGUACUAGUGUUGUGGAGUGUGCAUGAAGGAAGUGGAAGUGAAACUCUGGUGCCGUGCUGGUGGUCAACUCAAGAUUUUCUGUAAAAUGUUCUCAAUAAUAUAGUGACCUUUUCAUAAUAUGCUUAGUCAUUAUUAUGACUCGAGAAUUUUCAUGUUGUUGAUUUCUGUUAAAGGGGAAAGGAGAACAAAAUGUUGCACAGUCACCCCUCGUGUUGAGGUGGUUGUGGAAAAGUGUGAAGUUUUUUUGGCAAUCCAACAAAGGAACACAAAACCACCAGUCUUGUUAACUCAAUACUUGGGAGGCUGAUAUUCAUCCCUCAAGUUCCUAGGGAUGAAAGCAGAGCAAGACGGAGACCUCCUUGAAGAGGACUCCGCUCAGGAGAAUGGAGUCCAGACGAACCAGUACAGCGCCAUCUCUCCUCCUUCCUCACCUGUGGCCCAGGACGAACCCUUCUCCACAUACUUUGAAGAUAAAGUGGCCAUUCCCGAGACUGGCAAUCAGAUAUUCAGUUUCCGUAAACUCUGGGCCUUCACUGGACCAGGUUUUUUGAUGAGCAUUGCCUAUUUGGAUCCAGGGAACAUCGAGUCUGACCUGCAGUCUGGAGCUAAAGCUGGCUUUAAGCUCCUAUGGGUGCUCCUUGGAGCCACCAUCAUCGGGCUGCUGUUGCAAAGGUUAGCUGCACGCCUCGGGGUCGUCACUGGGAUGCACCUGGCUGAAGUCUGCAACCGCCAGUAUCCCACAGUUCCUCGGAUCAUCCUUUGGUUCAUGGUGGAACUGGCAAUUAUUGGGUCAGACAUGCAGGAGGUCAUUGGCUGUGCCAUAGCCCUCAACCUUCUCUCUGUGGGCAGGAUUCCACUGUGGGCAGGAGUCAUCAUCACCAUCACAGACACGUUUGUGUUCCUCUUUCUAGAUAAAUACGGCCUGAGGAAACUUGAAGCUUUCUUUGGCUUUCUUAUCACCGUAAUGGCUCUUAGCUUUGGUUACGAGUAUGUUGUGGUAAAGCCAAACCAGGGGGAACUGCUGAAGGGGAUGUUCAUGCCUUACUGUACCGACUGUGGGCCGGUGCAGAUGGAGCAGGCAGUGGGGAUCAUAGGAGCUGUCAUCAUGCCCCACAACAUCUACUUGCACUCAGCACUGGUCAAGUCUCGGGACAUUGAUCGCAAAAAUAAGAAGGAAAUAAAGGAAGCCAACAAGUACUACUUCAUUGAGUCAACUAUCGCUCUCUUUGUCUCCUUCCUCAUCAACGUCUUUGUCGUAGCUGUCUUCGCUGAGGCCUUCUACAAUAAAACCAAUAUGGAAGUGAAUAACUUGUGCAAUGCAACCGGCAGCCCUCACACAGAUCUCUUCCCUCUCAACAAUGGCACACUGGAGGUGGACAUCUACAAAGGAGGAGUGGUCCUGGGCUGUUUCUUUGGUCCUGCAGCCCUCUAUAUCUGGGCAAUAGGGAUCCUGGCAGCUGGACAGAGUUCCACCAUGACAGGCACUUACUCUGGGCAGUUUGUUAUGGAGGGUUUCCUGAACCUACGGUGGUCCCGGUUUGCCAGGGUGCUGCUGACCCGCUCCAUCGCCAUCACGCCUACACUGCUGGUAGCCAUUUUUCAGGAUGUUCAGCAUCUGACAGGGAUGAAUGACUUCCUCAACGUGCUUCAAAGCAUGCAGCUUCCUUUUGCUUUGAUCCCUAUUCUGACCUUCACCAGUCUGACGUCCAUAAUGAACGACUUUGCAAACGGAUUGGUGUGGAAGAUUUCCGGAGGCAUCGUCAUCCUGAUGGUUUGCGCAAUCAACAUGUACUUUGUGGUGGUUUAUGUGACGGCGCUGAACAGUGUGCUGCUCUACGUUCUUGCUGCUCUGCUCUCUGUAGCCUAUCUGUGCUUUGUAGGCUACCUGGCAUGGUACUGUUUGGUUGCGUUGGGGGUUUCCUGCCUGGACUUUGGCAGCAGGACGGAAAUGGGACCGUCACGGCACACAGAUAUCUACUUACUGAAUGACAUGGACACUGAUGCUCUGGUUGAAAGAUAGGAGGAUGGAUGUUGGACUGUGGCUGUGAUGACCCGGCUGUAGCGUGGGACCACUGAAGCUCGGCCAGUAUGUGUUUGUCUUCACCUCUCGGCCUAACACAUGUUCAAAGUGUCCUUACAGUACACAGAUGUCUAAUCCUGUUUAAAACAAUGAUGAAUCACAAACGUCUCAGCGACCUCGGCUAAAUAAUGUUUAUGCAAAUAAUGGUUACAUAUCUGGGUCAUGUCUCAAAUAUUUUGGUCCUGUCGGCUUCUUCAGAUCACUCAUUUUAAAUGAUUGAACCACUACAAGUUAGUAAUGCUGUGACAGUGACAAAGAGAGUGAUGGUUGCCAACCAGACACUACUGUGAUGAAAUGAUCCCUUUCCAUUUUGAAAUCGCACAGCCAGUGUUGCACUUGGUUGUUUUUAACUUUCUGCUGGUAUAUGACAUAAAAAUCUGAUUUUGCCAUCGUCACAAAUCCCCACAGAGUCAAAAGAACAAAAAGGUACUAAAAGGUCUGAUGUGAAUCCUAUAUGAUUUAUUCAUAAAAAGUCAAACAACAAAGCUGCAGCAUGAUUUUAACAAUUUGUUUGGUGCUUUGCUUCUAUUCUAUUUUAUAUUUAGAUUAAGUGAUUUAAAACAUUCAUCUAGAUCUUAAUAUUGGACAAAUUGUUAUAAUUAAUAUAUUUAAUGAACACUUGAAAAAUAUACAAGUUAUUUAUGUGUGACUAGUCACGUUUCUUGCUGUGUUUUAUACUAUAUAGAAGAGAAUGACAGUUUUAUGUCAUUUUUAUGUACAGUCAUGCUGUCUAUUUUAGAUUUGGGGGAUUUCUGUUCUUGGAGAUAAGGUCUGGACAUCCUCCCUGUUUCCACAUAUUUGGAAGACCAGGCAUAAAAUGUUCUUCUUCUAAAUGCUAAUUAUGAAUUAUUAAAUUAAAGGCACCGUUUGUAAGAUUACAAAUGGCAGCAGACAAAAACUUAUAAUAAACUGAUAAUAAAAGCAUUUCUCCUCUCGGAUUAAUAAAGUAUUUCUGAUUCUGAUAACCCAUGUGUAUGUUUUUUAGAAAAUGUAUACAUUACUGUGUAAUUAAUUUGUGAAUUUUAGAUCAUACAUUUGCAGUAGUGGUGUAAUAUGAGUGAUUCAGUGUUGAAUGCAGUACCUGGAGUCUGAUCAACUCAGUUUUUCAGCCUGUUCAAAACUUUACAUUACAUUUUCUCUCUUAAAUUGUGCUCUUAGGCUUUCAUCAGUUUGUUUUAAGAUUUCUUUAUUUAUGUGUAGUUUGUAUACAUUAUGAAUGCUACUUUGUCUUUUAUGUAGUUUUAGUGGAUGUUUAGUUUGGUUUAAAAUGUUAUUUUGUCUUUCAGCUUUUUGGGACGUUUUAGCAGGGGUUAGCUUUUUUUUUUGAUGAAGCAAGAUUUACGCAGAGGUGUGAUGUGUGCAAAGUGCAAAAUAUGAUGUGAAGUGUUGUAUUAUGAUUGUGACAGGUUGAUACUUAAACAUGUCUUCUUAUGCAUUUCAAUAACUUGAUUAUUGUAGCGACUUUAAAAAACUGUGUGUUUUACAGGGAUUUUAACAAGUUAAAAAAGUACAGAGAAGACGCUAGAAAAGAAGAGGAUAUGAAAUAUCACCAUAAAACAAUAGGAUCCAUCAUAAAAAGACUAUGUUGGUUGUGCACUAUAUAUAUAUAAACCAAACCACUUUUUUCUCGACCAAAUAUUGAACUGCACUUGUAUGCUGUAAUUAUUGUGCAGAUGACUAAGUGCCUCCUGUGUUCACCACUGUGCCUAUUCACUGUUCAGUCAAAAACAAACUAAUACUAGAAACUCACAUUGUUACAGGUGGAAAAACAUGUUGUACAUUGAGUAAAACUGUCUAAUUAGAAUCCUUCAUCAAGAAUAUGUGUUAUAGGGAUGAGUAUAUAGUUUAGAGGGGCUGAUAGUAGCUUUGAAAAUUUAAUUUAUUGUCAAAUUUGUUUUCUUUUGCCAUUGUGUUCUGCAUUUGCCAUAUUUUCUGUAAGAACUGAAAUGACAUGUAAUGGCAAAUAAAAAAACAAAUAUACCCCUUUUUAGUAAUAGCGCUCCUGCAAAAAACACAUUCUUAAAAUAAAUGAACCAGCGAGAAAUGGGCCACAGUGAGUAUAAACGUUGACAUAGUAAGCUGUAUGAUAAAAUAUCUUUAUCGUGCAUUUGGUUGAAGACUGUCAGUACGUCUCCACUGGACCUUCUGGCAUAACCUACCUCUAGUGAAAUCAAUUAAAAACACGUUAAUGACCUCGCUUGCACCAUGUUUUUCAUUGAUUACUGCAUCAUUUGUUGCAUUUUAAAGUAUUAUAAAGUGUCUGAAUUUGGGAACAGCUGUUGCGAGUGUUAGUGACCAUUUCCAUGGCAAAACAGGAAUUUGGUACUGUAUUGUAUUGUACUGUAAAUUAGAUUAAAUUUGUAAUUUCUGAUUUGAUGUAAUUGUACAGUAUGAUACAGUAUUAGGACCCUACUAAAAGGGUGGUUUUCCAAUAUAUUUUUUUUGUUGUUUUAAAUUAUCUGCCGUCUGUUAGAUUUUUUAAA